AUGAAGUUUGAGAACAUCCUUGAGGAUAUUGAUGGAUUUGGAAGAUUUCAAAUAAUGAUCAUCGUGAUCAGCUUCAUCGGUCGCUUCACUCUUCCCUGCCACUUCAUGCUCAACAACUUCAUCGCAGCUGUUCCCUCUCACCACUGUGACAUCAGCUCUCUGGAUGAGGAGGACGUUUUCAGGAGUUUAUCCCCAUCUGAGAAGCUUUUUGUGAGUAUUCCACUGCAGAAAGAUGGGACUCCAAACUCCUGUCAGAUGUUUGCAGAGCCGCAGUAUCACCUGCUCAACUCCUCCAACAUCACAGAAGCAGCUACAGUGCCGUGUAGAAAUGGAUGGGUGUAUGACAACUCCACCUUCAAGUCUACUCUGACCUCAGAGUGGGACCUGGUGUGUGAUAAACGAGGUAAAAACAAAGCGACUGCUACUAUCUUCUUUGUUGGAGUCAUGUUUGGAGCCAUGUCCUUUGGAAGUCUGAGUGACAGGUAUGGUCGGAGGAUCAUGCUUCUGGUAUCCUAUGUGACUGGACUGCUCUUUGCCAUUACAAGUGCUUUUUCUACAUCCUAUGUGAUGUUCGUGGUGCUGAGGUUCUUCACUGGGUUUUGCAUCACUGGCAUCGUCAUUGUUUCUGCAGUCCUCAGUGUGGAGUGGGUUGACAUCGAGCACAGGAAGCUGGUGGGAGUGAUCGACAGCUUAUCCUGGACAUUUGGGAACACAAUAUUUUCAGCUAUUGCUUAUUUUGUGAAUGAUUGGAGAUGGCUGACUGUUAGCGUCACUUCACCGCUGAUACUGGCCAUCAUCACCUGGAGGUGGAUGCCAGAAUCUGCGAGGUGGCUCAUAGCUAAUGGAAAACUGGAGCAGGCUCAGGUGUAUUUAAAACAAUGUGCCAAAAUGAACCAAAGGGAGGAUUCAACUGACUCACUUAAAACUGAGACACUUUCUACCAUUGUAGUGACUGAAAAAAGAGAUCAAACCUACUCCUACCUUGAUCUGAUACGAACACCUAAACUGAGGAGGCUGGCCAUCACUACUGGAACUCUGUGGUUUUGUGUGGCUAAUGCUUAUUAUGGCAUCAGCUUUAACAUCACAGGCUUCGGGCUAAACAUCUACCUCACUCAGUUCACAUACGCUUUAGUUGAACUACCGGCCAAAGUAUCUGUUUAUUAUUUACUGGAUAAGAUCGGUAGACGGAGCACUGAGGUGGGGUCUCUUUUACUAGCCGCUGUCUGUCUUGGCAUCAACAUUGUAGUACCUAAAGACAUGUCUGUUGUCAGGACAGUUGUUGCUGUGUUUGGGAAAGGGUUUUCUUCAGCAUCGUUUGCGACGGUUGUUCUUUACAGCUCAGAGCUCUAUCCCACAGUAGUGAGGCAGAGCGGUAUGGGCUGGAACUCGUUCAUGGCUCGUCUGGGUGUCGCCGUGGCUCCUCUGAUCCUCUUACUGGAUGAGUUUUGGAGGGACCUGCCACAGGCCGUCCUGUGCGCUAUUGCUUUACUGGGAGGAAUGGUGGCAAGAACGCUGUCAGAGACGCGCAACAGGUGUCUGCCAGAGACCAUCGAGGACAUUGAACAGCACUGGUAG